UUUUGAAAGAAGAUCAAUAUUUUACUUUCAGGAUUUAUAUUAGGGCUCUUUAUAUUAUGCAAUUGUAAGUUAUAAAUAUCAAUUUAAAAAUAAAAUAAAAUGCAAAUUAAGAUUGUUAAAUUUAUAUCUACUAUAUUUAGUGUAUAUCUACAUACAAAUAAAUAAUAGCCGUGCAUAGCACGGGAGAUAUACUAGUAUGUAUAUGAAACUGAAGCACCACAACAACUCUCACCGAUUCAAUUGAUCUCUGCUCUCAAAGAUGGGAUUCAUUAAAGUCUCUUCCUUUCUCUUUGUGAUCUUCUUUCUCAUUAAUGGCGGUUCCUCCACCACUUUCACAGUCGUUAACCAAUGCAACUACACUGUUUGGCCGGGACUUCUCUCUGGCGCCGGAACUGCUCCCUUAUCCACUACCGGUUUCUCCUUAAACUCAUCCGAGUCACGGGUCAUCUCCAUACCCGCCUCCUGGUCCGGCCGCAUAUGGGGUCGCACGCUCUGCAGUCAAAACCCCACCACCGGUAAAUUUACUUGCGUCACAGGCGACUGCGGCUCAUCCAAAAUCGAAUGCUCAGGCGCCGGCGGCAAACCUCCGGCUACACUAGCAGAGUUCACACUCAACGGCGCCAGUAAUCUUGAUUUCUUCGACAUCAGCCUCGUCGACGGUUACAACAUCCCGGUGACGAUCGUUCCUCACGGUGGAGCAGCCGGAGUUGGUAAAUGCAUGGCCGCGGGUUGUGCGGCGGAUCUCAACGUAGUUUGUCCACCUCAGCUGAAACUAACGAUGGAAGACGCGGCUGGAGUGGCUGUGGCGUGCAAGAGCGCUUGCGAAGCGUUUGGAACGCCGGAGUUUUGCUGUAGCGGCGCGUUUGGAACGCCGGACACGUGUAAGGCGAGUGAGUACGCUGGUUUCUUCAAAAAAGCUUGCCCGACGGCUUAUAGCUACGCUUAUGACGAUGGGACAAGCACCUUUACUUGCUCCGGCGCUGAUUACGUCAUCACUUUCUGUCCUUGACGUUAUAUAUCCUGUUCUGUUUUGUUUCCCUUUUUGCUAGGAUUUAGCAUCUUUUUUUUUUUUUUUUGGUAAACGGAUUUAGCAUCUUUAUUGCCAAAAGUUAUUAAAACAAAUAUCUAAAUAAUAUACCAUAUUAUCUAUAUAUAUUAUUUUACAUUUCAAAUAAUACACGUGUUUUGAUGGUAUUUCAUGGAGUUAAGUUCUAAAUUUUUCUUAUUCUCUAUUUUGCUUUAAAAACUAUUUAAUGUUUAGAUAUUUUAUGAAAAUUUUAUUAUAUAAAUCUUGACUCUUUAAAAUUGUUAAUUAACAUGAUUGCAAUGUGUGUCAAUAAAAGAAUAUUGGAUUGUGAUAUGUGUUUAUAAAAACAUGUCAUUAUUUGAAAAUAACCUUUUCUAAAAUUCAAAAUAAAAUAAAAUUUUAAAUAUAUAUUUUUCCUUUUCUAAAUCCUACCCAAAAAAAAUUGCUUUUUCUUUUCUUUUUAAAUCCUGACAAAAAAUAAAUGUAAAAACUUAUUUAUUAGUAAUUUUUAUUUUCAAGAAUUUAAUGACAAAUUUGAUACUAAAAAUUAUUUAAUUAAAAAGAAAAAAUAUUAGUUAUAUUGAAAUUUUUUUUUUGAAAAUGCAACCUCUAAAAAUAGUUAACAUUAACUGAAAAUAAUUAUCUGAGAGUAAUUUUAUUUUUCUAAAUCCAAUACAAAAGAUAAUUGUAAACAAUUAGGUAAUAUUAAUUUUAUUUUUCUACAAUUCUAAAAAAUACAGUAAAAGAGUAUUUGAUAGUAGUUUUCCUUUAAAAAAAAACUAAAUCAAAUUACUAUUGAAUAAGUUUGUAAACUUUUCUGUUUGUUAGGAUUUAAAAAAAAAAAACUAAACAACAUUAGUAGUUGGCCAAACCUGGAAAAUACCAUAACUUGGAAAACUACUUGAAAUCCAAAAUGGGAAAUUAAUUUACCUGAAAUACUAUAACGUGGAUACCACUUUUUAAUAUUACCUUCAAGCUAAAAUACCAUAACUUUUAAAUUUAUGAUUUAGUGAUUAUUAAUUAGGAUUUAGUAUUUAACAGUGAGGUUACACAACUUCUGUGAACGUGUGAUGAUGCUAGUGAUUAUUAUUCUUUUUAAAUGAUUAUAAAUUAUUGAAACCUAAAUAUUUCACAUUAAAAAAAAUCGUUGCUGUAAAAUUUUGUUACACAAAUAUGCAAAUAAUCAUAAAAUCAUAUGAGUAUAAACCUCAUUCAAUAAAUAUCCAUAUUAAAAGUAUAUUAUAUAUCUAUGGUAAUAUUAUUUAAAUUUAAUUAUAUAUCAUAUACAAUAGUCAAUAGAUAAGAUUUAUUGUUUUGAUUUAUUUACCCUAAAAUGAUUGUGAAUAAACACGACCGGUCGUUUGAUUUAUAUGCACAAGCCAAUUUAUUACAUAAUAGUAACUAAUUUCUUAGUUAAUUAAUAUAUAAUUAUUAUUUUAUUAUUUCACAAUAUGCAGAAAAUAUAAAAUAAGUAAUAAAUAUAAAAUAUUUAUUAUGCACAAAAUAAAAUAUUCAAGUCAAUAUUUAUAUCAAGCAAUAAACAAAAUGAAAAAAAUGAGAAAAA